UGAUCCGAAACGCUUGUUAGGAACGGCCGUGUUGAGGAACAAGUGCGAAGUUGCGGUCAACUCCGGAUGAAGCGCCGGUUGUAGACUUUCGGUUCACCCAAUUGGGUUCAAAGUUCGGCUGUGCCGUGUGCUUCUGGUGGACUGUUCUUUGACGUGUGGUUCGUAUGGUGAUGUCAGAGCAGGGCGGACUGGCCAUGCACCAGUUACCGAUGCACCACAGGGGUUUGGUGCAACCCAGCCUUGUCAUGAACCCGCAUCCCAUCAACGACUCCUGCUCUAUGGACUCGCAGAACAAAAAGCCUCGACGGCUGAGCCACUGCGUGGGUUGCGGUGGCCAAAUCCAUGACCAAUACAUCCUGAGGGUGGCACCAGAUUUGGAAUGGCAUGCAGCCUGUCUAAAAUGCCAGGAGUGUCGACAGUUCUUGGACGAAUCCUGCACGUGCUUUGUGCGAGAUGGUAAAACGUACUGCAAGAGAGACUAUGUGAGGUUGUUUGGGGCGAAAUGUGACAGGUGCGGGUCGUCGUUUAGCAAAGAUGAUUUUGUGAUGCGGGCAAAAAGCAAGAUUUAUCACAUAAAGUGCUUCAAGUGUUGUGCUUGUUCACGACCGUUAGUACCUGGAGAUGAGUUCGCGUUAAGAGACGGUGGAAAUUUGUACUGCAAAGAGGACCACGACCACAUGGAGAAGACCACCAUACCGACGACGCCGCAUCUGCCCUCAACAGAAAGUAAUAAUAACACCAGCUUGAGCAACAACAAUCACAACAGCAAUUCCACGGAACUCGGAUGCAUGUCGGAUUCCGGCUCGGAGAGUGGGUCGCACAAGGGCGGCGGCGGCGGGAUUCGGAAGGGCUCUGGGGGCGGCGGCGGGGGCAGCGAUGGCAAACCGACGCGAGUGCGCACUGUUCUCAACGAAAAACAGUUGCACACAUUGAGGACUUGCUAUGCAGCCAAUCCUCGGCCAGAUGCCUUGAUGAAGGAGCAGCUGGUCGAAAUGACGGGACUUUCGCCGAGAGUCAUCAGGGUUUGGUUCCAGAACAAGAGGUGCAAGGAUAAAAAAAAGACCCUGCUUAUGAAACAGCAGAUGCAACAGGAAAAGUAUUACGUGCAGGAUGGCCGUAAAUUGGGUUACGGUGCCAUGCAAGGCAUCCCGAUGGUAGCAUCAUCACCUGUACGACACGACUCACCUAUCGGCGUCCAUCCCCUUGAAGUACAAGCUUACCAACCACCGUGGAAAGCCCUAUCAGAUUUCGCCCUUCAUGCAGACCUUGAGCAACCCCAUCAGCCGGCCUUCCAGCAGCUCGUCAACCAGAUGCACGGCUACGACUUGCCGCCCCCAUCGAUGGGUCCCGCGACAGGCCCGCCGCCCGGAAUGCUGCCCUCAUCAGCGCCGCCGUCUGACGUCAUGACGCAUCCCGACAGCACCGAUAGUUACGUUACCUACCUCGAAAGCGACGAGAGCCUUCCCGCCAGUCCCUAACACCCCCACAACUAGCCGUCGCCGCUUCCGCCCCUAAACACUCUAACACCCCUACUCACCUCUUUUCUCCUCUACCACCACCAAGGACUGAUUCGGCGGCUGUGCAGACCACCGUAACCAUGGCUACAAGGGCCGAAUUUCAGUAAAGGAAUGAAUAAACGAACAAUCACUUUGUUUUAUUUUUCGUCGUUGACUUGUUGAUCAGAAGUGGCUAACAAGGAAAACGAAUCUCAACUCAGAUGUCAUAACUUGCUAAAAUCAAAAUUUUAACACAUAUCGCCACUUUUUUGUUGUUUUUAAUCUAAAAUCAAGACUUUUGUUGUCCAGUUCUCACUAGAUCGGUAUUUCUUGUUUUAUGCACAGAUGAAGAAAAAAUUAUACAUCAGUUUCUAAGUAAACUCUUGCUGCGCUCGUUUAAAAUAAUGCCCAAUGUUGUUAUUUUAGCAUCACUGGUUGCACCAGAGCAAUAAUUCAAAUCAGAGUUUUAAUGGAGGGUUGCAAGAAUCUUGCUUUUAGACUAAUGAGUAUACUUUUUUCUCUGGCUUUACAAAGACCUUCUUGUUUUUAUCAUAUAAUUAAAUGUUUUGUUGAUGUUGUUAUUGUCGGGGUAUGCGUGAAGCAUUUUUUUACUAACACACUGUACCAUAUUGUAAAAUUAUAUUAUCUAAUGUAACAUUUGAUUGUACAAUUUGUUAUGGAAAAAAUCUAACUUUGUCGCUAAUUUGUAGGUGUUAUUAAUUUUAGAUUUACUACUGUGCAUUCGAAUGUAUGAUAUUUUUACAGAGCUCUGUAUCACAUAAUUUAUUGCAAUGAAUUUAUAAAAAAAUGUAUUUGAUAAGAAAUAAAACAGCAAGUUAUAUGUAAAUAAUGUUACAUUAAAAAAUUAAUU